UUGCAUUUGUCAGGAACUGGACUUGUCAGACAAGAAACCUAUCCCAGCAACUGAUUCCUGUAAAUGCAAAAUGUCUCCAUUCAACCAAGAAAACAAGAACUUUUGAACACUCGAGAAAGACAUUAUCCACUGCUUUCUCUGCUCUUUUGACAUGGGCUUACAAAAAUGCAGCGGCUUUUUGAGUUGCCUGUUGAUUCCCCUGGCACUGUGGAGUAUUGUUAUAAAUAUUCUCCUAUAUUUUCCUGAUGGGAAAUCUUCAUAUGCUUCCAGCAAUAAUCACGCCAGCUAUGUGUGGCAUUUUGAAGGAAUCUGUUUCUCAGGUAUUAUGAUUCUUAUUCUAGCAGCACUUCUGGUAAUUCUGGACCGGGACACCUUUUAUGAAUGCUUCCAAAGUGAAAGCUGCACCAGAACAUAUAGACGUUUCAUUUCUGCUGUGCUUUCCCUACUAGGGAUUGCAUUCUCUGGCUAUAGUCUGAUCAUAUCUGUUUUGAACUUAGUGCAAGGCCCAUACUGCAAAACCUCAGCUGGCUGGGAAUAUGCCUUCAAAAACACAGCAGGCAGUUACCUCAUGGAUCCCAUUUCCUGGUCCCAGUGCACUGAGCCUGCUUAUGUAGUGGAUUGGAACAUCAUUUUGUUGUCUAUUCUGAUAGUUCUUAGUGGCCUCGAAAUCUUGAUCUGCCUUCUGAAAAUAAUUGCAGAAUUAAGGCAAAUCCUUUGUGGAAAUUAUCCCAUCUUUGUUCAGCCUGCAUUGAUCUAACAACCUUGGGGAAUGACUCCACCAUGACUCCAUCAUAUCUCUGAGCAUGCAUUUUGAUAUUAAUUUUUAAGCAGGCUCUUCUGUUUCUGUGGGUAACACAGAAGAACUGCCAAUGUUUUCCCAACAUAUUAUUUAUGUUGCUCCACACAUUUCGGCUAAAGUAUACAGUUUUUGGAUAGUCUGCUUUUCUUGUUGCCUGUUUGCAGACCUUUUCCCUUUCUUGCAUUUGCUAUGUAUCUAAAUUGUGAGGCUCUUGAAAAAUGAAGAUUUUUUUGUGUUUACAUAAUAUAAAGCACUUACCAUCCCUCAAUACCACCUGAAUAAAUAUUUAGUUUAAUAAGUAGUCAUAUUAUUAUGAACAACAACAUUCUUAGUAAAGAGAAAAACAUAUAUCUGGAAUACACCUUUUUGUAUCAUAAAUGGGAUUUAGCAUGAUUAAAUGAGCAAUUGAAUAAAACUUCCCCUGCACAGUUGUUGGGAAAAAUGUCAUAGUCUGAGAUGAGAUUUGGGAAAUGUGUUUUGCAUGUAGAAAGCCAUAAAAAUAGACUUGCCUCUACUAGUUCACCCAUUGAGCAAAAACAUUGGAAUGGUCCCUAAUUUGCCUUACCGAAAUACAGUUAUAUUUACUUUGGAUCCUUCCCCGCAGUGAGUAAUAAAAAAAGCACCACACUCAA